UCUCUCUCUCAGUCUCCAGCUCCUCUCUCCCUCUCUUUCUCUCUCUGUCUCUCUCUCAGUCAGGCAGAGUCACCCACCACUGCCCUCCCGGGGCUGGGGGGACCUUUCCCAGGCUGUAGCUGCAGGACCCCACCGCCCUCCAUGGCUCCCCUGGCCUUGGUGGGGUUCACGCUCCUCCUGGGGGCUCCCCCGUGCUCGGGGGCAGCCACCCCGACCCCCUCUCUGCCACCUCCCGCUACCAAUGACAGCGACGCCAGCACGGAGGUCUGCCAGGGCUCCAACCGCUGCCAGCCGGGGGUCCUACUGCCCGUCUGGGAGCCCGACGACCCGUCCCUGGGCGACAAGGCAGCCCGGGCCGUGGUCUACUUUGUGGCCAUGGUCUACAUGUUCCUGGGCGUGUCCAUCAUCGCCGACCGCUUCAUGGCGUCCAUCGAGGUCAUCACGUCCAAGGAGAAGGAGAUCACCAUCACCAAGGCCAACGGCGAGACCAGCGUAGGCACCGUGCGCAUCUGGAACGAGACGGUGUCCAACCUCACGCUCAUGGCCCUGGGCUCCUCGGCGCCCGAGAUCCUGCUGUCCGUCAUCGAGGUCUGCGGGCACAACUUCCAGGCGGGCGAGCUGGGCCCCGGCACCAUCGUGGGCAGCGCCGCCUUCAACAUGUUUGUGGUCAUCGCCGUCUGCAUCUACGUCAUCCCGGCCGGCGAGAGCCGCAAGAUCAAGCACCUGAGGGUCUUCUUCGUCACGGCCUCUUGGAGCAUCUUUGCCUACGUCUGGCUUUAUCUCAUCCUUGCUGUCUUUUCCCCAGGUGUGGUCCAGGUGUGGGAGGCGCUGCUGACCCUCGUGUUUUUCCCGGUGUGCGUGGUGUUCGCCUGGAUGGCCGACAAGCGGCUGCUCUUCUACAAGUACGUGUACAAGCGCUACCGCACCGACCCGCGCAGCGGCAUCAUCAUCGGCGCCGAGGGCGACCCCCCCAAGAGCAUCGAGCUGGACGGCACGUUCGUGGGCGCCGAGGUGCCGGGCGAGGUGGGCGGCCUGGGCCCGGGCCCGGCCGACGCCCGCGAGCUGGACGCCAGCCGCCGCGAGGUCAUCCAGAUCCUCAAGGACCUCAAGCAGAAGCACCCGGACAAGGACCUGGAGCAGCUGGUGGGCAUCGCCAACUACUACGCGCUGCUGCACCAGCAGAAGAGCCGCGCCUUCUACCGCAUCCAGGCCACGCGGAUGAUGACCGGCGCGGGCAACGUGCUGCGGCGACACGCGGCGGACGCGUCGCGCCGCGCCUCCCCGGCCGAGGGCCCCGGCGAGGACGAGGACGACGGCGCCAGCCACAUCUUCUUCGAGCCCAGCCUCUACCACUGCCUGGAGAACUGCGGCUCCGUGCUGCUGUCAGUCACCUGCCAAGGCGGCGAGGGCAACAGCACCUUCUACGUGGACUACCGCACCGAGGACGGCUCCGCCAAGGCGGGCUCCGACUACGAGUACAGCGAGGGCACGCUGGUGUUCAAGCCGGGCGAGACGCAGAAGGAGCUGCGCAUCGGCAUCAUCGACGACGACAUCUUUGAGGAGGACGAGCACUUCUUCGUGAGGCUGCUGAACCUGCGCGUGGGCGAUGCGCAGGGCAUGUUCGAGCCCGAUGGCGGAGGGCGGCCCAAAGGGCGGCUGGUGGCGCCUCUGCUGGCCACCGUCACCAUUCUGGACGAUGACCACGCGGGCAUCUUCUCCUUCCAGGACCGCCUGCUGCACGUGAGCGAGUGCAUGGGCACCGUGGACGUGCGCGUCGUGCGCAGCUCCGGCGCGCGUGGCACUGUGCGCCUCCCCUACCGCACGGUGGACGGCACAGCGCGCGGUGGCGGUGUGCACUAUGAGGACGCGUGCGGCGAGCUCGAGUUCGGAGACGACGAGACCAUGAAAACUCUUCAGGUGAAGAUAGUUGAUGACGAGGAAUAUGAGAAAAAGGAUAACUUCUUCAUCGAGCUGGGCCAGCCGCAGUGGCUUAAGCGAGGGAUUUCAGCUUUGCUGCUCAAUCAAGGGGAUGGGGACAGGAAGCUCACAGCGGAGGAGGAGGAGGCUCGGAGAAUAGCGGAGAUGGGCAAGCCGGUGCUUGGGGAAAACUGCCGUCUGGAGGUCAUCAUCGAAGAGUCGUACGAUUUUAAGAACACCGUGGAUAAACUCAUCAAGAAAACGAACUUGGCUUUGGUGAUUGGCACCCAUUCCUGGAGGGAGCAGUUUUUAGAGGCCAUCACGGUGAGCGCAGGUGCUGUUCGCCUGCGUGCCCCCCACCGAGUACUGCCACGGCUGGGCCUGCUUCGGCGUCUGCAUCCUGGUCAUCGGCCUGCUCACCGCCCUCAUCGGGGACCUGGCCUCCCACUUCGGCUGCACCGUGGGCCUCAAGGACUCUGUCAACGCCGUGGUCUUCGUGGCCUUGGGCACCUCCAUCCCCGACACAUUCGCCAGCAAAGUGGCCGCGCUUCAGGACCAGUGCGCGGACGCGUCCAUCGGCAACGUGACCGGCUCCAAUGCGGUGAACGUGUUCCUGGGCCUGGGCGUGGCCUGGUCGGUGGCUGCGGUGUACUGGGCGGUGCAGGGCCGCCCCUUCGAGGUGCGCACGGGCACGCUGGCCUUCUCCGUCACGCUCUUCACCGUCUUCGCCUUCGUGGGCAUUGCCGUGCUGCUGUACCGGCGCCGGCCGCACAUCGGCGGCGAGCUGGGCGGCCCGCGCGGCCCCAAGCUCGCCACCACGGCGCUCUUCCUGGGCCUCUGGUUCCUCUACAUCCUCUUCGCCAGCCUGGAGGCUUACUGCCACAUCCGGGGCUUCUAGCGCCCCCUGCAGAGACUCGGCCUCCCCACCCCCACCCCCGGGAGACGGCGGCGCGUGCGGCCCCUCCGGCCUCCUCGCCCGGGGCUCGGCCUCCCUGCCUCCUGGGAAUCGAUCGUGUCCCCGCCAACCACCCUCUCCCUUCCUUCCGGGAGCCUGCCCGGGGCCUCCUACCAGUCACCCACAACUCCCACCCAUCCCCGUUAAUUUCCAUCUGCACGCUGGGGGAAAUUUCCGCCUGGACGUCCGUCCUCUCGGUGACCCCCUAGAGAAUCUAGCAUCUCUCUCCCUAGACACCCAACCUUGAUUUUCCUCUGGAGGACCCACCGCUGCCGCCGCGGAUGAACCUGUGUGCCCCAGGCCCCCAGAACUUAGCCCUCCCCGGGGCACCUUGAAGGAGGCCGAUCCUCCCAGGACUGCGCGGGUUUCAGCCCUUUCCCCAACCCCCAGGGCGCCGCGCUCAGCCGCCAGGAGAGGGGGAGGGGAAGGGGACGCAGCGUGCGGGCGCAAAGCGGGCCACGCCUUCCCCGAUUUCUCCACUCAGGCCCUUGGGAGGACGCUAAUUCUCGAGGCUUGGAGAAGGGAGAGGAGCAGUUGGGGGUUUCUGAGCUGGAGGGGGCAUAUUUGGGACCUGCCAUUUCUCACAUUCCAGCGCCCUCGCUCUCCUCCACUACCUCUGAGGGCCCCGCCACGCCUUCGGGGGGGGGCCUGUGUUGUAU